AUGCUACUCUAAAAAAUGUUAGCUGUCAAAAAGUAUGCAGAUUCUUUAAGACCUCCAAAAUUAGAUGUUUUUAGUAAAAGUUAUUUACAAAGAGUAAAAUAAAUUUCAUAAGAACUAAGAGAAAGUUAAUAAAAACCUAAGAAAUACUUUGAAUUCGAUGACAUGAAGUUCUAUGCUCUUGUAGAUUAUUUCAGUAGAUAAGGAUCAAAAUAAGAUUUGAUGCAUAUUAAUUUCGAUCCUAUUGUCAAAGAAGACAUUAAAUUUAAAACAGAAAAUACUCAUAAAGUAAAUACUGCUAGAACUUUUAGAAGGAUGGGAACAAUAAGUAAUAUAGAAAAAGAAGCUAAUUUUAUUAUGGCCUUAUAAUAAUAAGCUCCAUUAGGACAAGAUUUAGAAAAAAUUAAACAAAAACCUGAAGUUCUAUCACUAUUAAAAUUAAAUCAUUAAAAGAUGGAUUUAGCUGAAGAAUUCAAUUCAACAUAAUAUUUAUUUACUCCAACUAAUGCAUAAACUUAAUAAGUAAAUACAGUUGAUGAUGAUGCUAUGAAAUCUUUUGUUUAAUAAUUUUAUUCAAAAUAAUAUGAUGAAAAAUCCAACUUUUUAAUGCCAUUUAAAAGAAACAUAAGAAUGAGAACAUAAGCAAACAGUGAUUCCAAAAAGACACCUAGAAAACCAACUAAUAAAAUUAAAACAUAGAGCAUAUCUUGA